CGGAGGUCAUUGAAUCCUGGAGGGGUCACCUACCUGUCACCUACCGCCUCGGCCCGGGCUUCACCAAUCCACAGAGGAAUGUGAAAAUGACCAUCCAUACCACCCGAGAGAGACGGACGACAUAUGACGUCAUCGGUAUCAUCAAAGGGGAGGUUGAACCAGAUCGGUAUGUCGUAAUUGGUAAUCACCGUGAUGCUUGGGUCUACGGAGCUGUAGAUCCGAGUAGUGGUACAGCAGCUUUGAUGGAAGUGUCACGUGUGUUUGGAGAGCUAAGAAAAUCAGGAUGGAAACCAAGACGAUCCAUAGUGUUUGCUAGCUGGGGUGCUGAGGAGUAUGGUCUCCUGGGUUCUACAGAGUUUGUAGAGGAAUUUCAGAGGAUCCUGGCUGCGAGGGCCGUAGCGUACAUCAAUGUUGAUUCUGCCGUAAUGGGCAACUACACACUUCGUGUCAAAUCAACCCCUCUCUUCUACCAGGCCAUCUUUGCAGCUUCAAAGAAGGUGCCUGCCCCAGAAGACCUGUCGAUGUCGCUGUACGAUACCUGGCGGGACCGCGCUCCUGUACAUGCCACCGAUCCGAACACAUUGCCAAGAAUCGGAAAUCUUGGUGCGGGGAGCGACUUUGUUCCAUUCAUCUACCGUAUCGGGGUAUCGGCAGUGGAUCUCUUUUACACGUUCGAUUCUUCACUUGGCAUAUCCAGCUAUCCUGUUUACCACUCCGUCUACGAGACUUUCUAUUACAUGAAGAGGUUCCUUGAUUACGACUUCCUACGGCAUCAGGCUGUUGCCAGGCUAUGGGCUGAGGUAACCCGAGACUUGGCCGAGUCGGUCAUCCUGCCCUUUGACUGUACCGAUUACGCGGACAAGAUCACGGGGUCGAUGGACACAGUGAAGGCGGCGUACGAGACACAGAUGAACAACAAAGGUGUCACUUUUGAAUACAUCUACUCUGCUCUGGCUAACUUUUCAGCUGCCGCCACUGAAUUUGAGAAAGUUAUUUCACACACCGAUAAAAAAGAUUUGAUGGCCGUGCGUCGAGUGAAUGAUCAACUAAUGCAACUUGAACGAGCUUUCAUUGACCCACUUGGGCUUCCUGACCGCAAGUUUCUCAGACACAUAGUCUUCGCUCCCAGCAGUAAGGACUACUACGCCGCAGACGCCUUCCCGGGCAUUGUUGACGCUAUGUAUCGGAUCGACGAGGCACCAGACCAAGAUGCACGCUGGGAUAUCGUGCGUCAGCAGAUGGCGGUCACAACUCACGCCAUCCAAUCAGCAGUCAGCACGCUGCAGGAUGUGCUUGCUUUCGAUGGUUAACGAGUCAUGGUUGCUAAACACACAGAGUUUAAUUAUGACGCCUAAAAAGUUAGUUUGUGUACACAAAACCAUCGUGGAAACGUUGGUAUGACAUUGUCAGGAUUUUGAAAAAAAAACGAAUUAGAGUGAGUUUAUAACUGAUCUCGAGAGAUUCGGACCGACAGAUGUCGUCAAUAUAAAAAGGCUGUUGAUUUUUGUUUGCUUUUCGUUAUGCAUGAAUAAUUGUUGGCGAACAAUAAUACUGCAUUGUCCUUUUCAUAAGUUUGAACAUUUCCUUUCGGGAAUUGUCUACUGAAAAGCCUUUAAUGUCCCACUCCCAAACCAAAAAAUAUCCACAAUUUUCUCCAGGACUGAUGUGAGAAUAUUUUCAACACAACUUUUAGCGAUUUUACAUUGAAAGCACAAAUUUACGAUAUCAAUGAAAAGCAAACCCUGUAUACAAUCCAUUUCCUCGAUACCACAAAAUCCAAGAUAGAAUAACUUCAUCACUUCGUAAAAUUACUCUUUUAACACCUUUACCCUUUAACCUAUUGUCUUUAGCUCAUCAGUUCUGAUUUUUACAAUAAAAAAACACUGAGACACGAAAAUCACAGACCACCAAGCAAAUGAAGAUACAACGUCGCACUUCACCAGUUGGUCAAAAUGUGCACUUUUAAUACCCAACAGUACUCCCACACACCUCGCGCGCGUGUUGGUAAAACACUCAGCGAUGAACUCUCAAAGCACAAAUAAUACGUACAGAGAUGGCAGUGCACUAUCUGCCGAGAUAUAUACAGUCUAUACAUACACACCUAGUCAACUGCAAUGUAGGAAUAAUUUUAGAACAAUCUCACCGGCUUGCCAUCUCAAAAUUCUACGUUGGAGGUACCAAAUUUCAACCUAUACAUAAAACUUUUAUCAGAUCAGUAAUUUCAUAGUUUUAAACUUUUUGUUUGGUUGGCGGGGAAAACUAAAUAGCUUACUAUUGCUCGAGAGAAUUUUUGUACCGUUUUUGUUAAGAGCAAAGAAAAAAUUGGAAGAAGAGCAGACUAGAAAAUGUAUUUCUCGACCUGAGAAAAUGCCACAAAGAAUUUGAAACUAGAGUAACAAAGAGGUAUUACAAUCUUGAAGUAGAAUAUUAACAAGAAUAAUAUAAAAAAUCAUCAGUUUUUGACAGAGUAACUUCAAAGCUCAAAUUUUGAGAAUUCUGCUUCCUGUCCCACUUCCUAAUUUUAACGAUUCUGGGCUUUCGAAAUAAAUCAACAUCUUUUGAAAAAUGAAGUCCAAGUAACGUCUACCACAAUAAAUUAUUCACUAAAGAAAUCACACCUUGGUAACUGGCCGCCAAAUCC